UUCUAAGAUGAUAAGAAAUGAGAAGCUCUUGUGGACGAAUCUGCCCAUCUCUUCCCAGAAAUAAGAAGCUCCGUGGAUGAAUCUGCCCAUUCCUUCCCCGAAAUGAGCAGCUCUAUGGAUGAAUCUGCCCAUUCCUUCCCCGAAAUGAGCAGCUCUAUUGAUGAAUCUGCCCAUCUCUCCCCAGAAAUAAGAAGCUCCAUGGAUGGAUCUGCCUCACCCUUCCCCGAAAUGAGAAGCUCCAUGGAUGAAUCUGCCCAUCUCUUCCCAGGAAUGGACAGACGAUUAUACGCAGCCGCCGAAUUGGGAAAUGUGUCUAUGCUUGAAAAGGUUAUUAAGGCAAAAGUCAAUAUUUUCCAAGAGUUUACCGCUCUACAUAAUAGUGCACUGCAUAUAGCAGUUUCUCGGGGUAAUCUGCGAUUUAUUGAAAGGCUUCUUAAAGAGAUCAGCAACGAUUUAGAUGCAGCGCGUGAAUUUGUGAGGGUGAGAAAUUCAGAUGGAAAUAGUGCACUUCACCUUGCAGCCUUUUAUGGCCAUCACGAGUUGGUGGAAAGGUUGAUUGGAUUAAUGGAAGGAGAUGUAGAGGCUGGUAAUUUUUUGAGGUCUGUAAAUUGUGAAGGAAACACUGCUCUUCACGAAGCUGCAAAAGGGGGAAAUGAUAAGGUCGUAAAGGUCCUACUUAAGCAUGCCCGUAAUCAGGAUGACCUGACCGGCGUAUCAAAUCAGGAGGUAUUCCUGGAGCAUGGCCGCCAUCAUGAUGCUGCUCCGAAUAGUGAAGCUCCUCUGACAAAUGUAUCAAAUCUUGAGGGUGAAACGGCUCUUUUCAUAGCUUCUCAGAGUGGUCACGCAGAUAUCGUUGAGAUAUUGUUGGAUUCCACGACUCAUAACAGCAGUAUGAAGAGAAACGACGGCCAAACACCACUCCAUUCUGCGGUGUUCUACAUACACACAGAUAUCGUUGAGAAACUUUUAAAACACAGCCCUGAACUGGCAAAACAAACGGAUGCAUCUGGAAGAACAGCCUUACACAUGCUUGCACUAUCUUCCUUUCCAGGAAAACAUGAGAGAUAUGGUGAUGUCAUUAAGAUCACCAGACUGCUUUUGGCAAAAGACAAUUCUUUGUGUUACAAACAGGACAAUAAAAAGAAGACCCCGCUUCACAUGGCAGUGGAGUGGGAAAAGUAUAGUCUAGUCCAAAUUCUGUUAAGACACGGCAGAGACUGUAUGGAACUAGUUGACAGCGAGGGCAGAAAACCUCUUCAUCUAGCUGUACUAAAUGCUGUACGGAGCAUUUUAUUCAGCUUCAAAAAUAUGUUGUUAUCCUUAAUGUCAAAGGAAUCGCUUAAUCAUCGCGAUAACACAAGACGAACUGCAUUACACAUAGCAAUGGAGAAUAUUGAAAAAGACCCACUACUUUACAAGAAUAUCAUAAUACUGCUUCGACUCCAUGGUGCACUGUUCACUUCAGAGAUUUUGGAAGAUAAAAGAAGGAUAGAGCUAUCAGCUAGUAAAAAGAAAACAAGUAUCAAAGCCGAAAAUAUAUCCAUAAAUGCGGUUUUGAUCGCGACAGUGUCAUUUGCAGCAGCCUUCACUUUACCAGGAGGACUUGUUUCACCACCAGGAGAGAACCCAAAAGCUAUAUUGAUGGAUACAUUUCUCUUCAAACUGUUUCCGAUAUGUGACACAUCCUCGUUUUGUACUUCUAUUGCAUCGGCUCUUCUUGUCCUGUAUGCAGAUAAGGGUGACCAGCAAGACCAUCCCCAGGUAAUGUACAGUUUCAACUUCCUAUGGGCAGCACUGCUAUUGUUGGUUGGAGCGUUUGGAAAAGCGGUACACAUGGUCAUCGCACCAUCUCCAUGGUUAGCAGGGAUCGUGUGGACUAUGGUGUGCCUUCUUCCCCUUACCAUACAUGUCGUGCGCUUUCGUUCCAAACACUUCAUUUUCUUCGCAGACAGUUACAAAAUUUGGCCAAUAUUAUCAUUUCCAUUCGCUAUCAUUUUAGGGAUAAUCUGUAUCAUGUCAGACGUAUUGAAUGUGAUCUUAUUCAGUGGUCUAUUUUACAACUUGGCUCACUGGACUAAAAAACUUUUCAAACGGCGACGUUAGGAGCAGAUUUAUAGGGGCUAAUUGAGAAGUAAUAGAGGAAGACAGACAACAUUAAAGGUGUAUUAAUCAUGGAUUUUAUGCUCGCAAACUUUUAUUUUAAACGUUUAUAAUGUGAAUUGUUUGUCUUGUUGUUCA